AUGGACGACUUGGGCAGCUUCCAGCUCCAGCUGCAGGUCUUCGCCGCCUCAGUGGCUUGCCUUGGGGAACCUGGCACCUGGGCAACCCGUCGGCCCAUCCUGGAGGUCUCUUUGGGAGACAUCCACAAGGAGACGAGGCCCGCAACGUGGAACGAUUCGGCAGGCAGCUCACGAGGAUCCUGCUGGAUACCAAGCGGCCAAGAGUGCCCCUGGCGCUUUGAUGAUGCCUUGACUUUCACGGCCUCCGUGGAAGAGCUGGAUACACACUCGGCUCUGAGCUUUCGCCUUCGUGUCCAAAGUGACGUCGUGCUGGGUGUGGUCACAGUAAAGCUUCCCACAGAAGUGCUUGGCAUGGCCACUGCUGAUCUGCUUCGGCACGUGCUUCCCAUAUGCAAUCCAACGCGACAAGGUGACGACCGAUUUCGCUACCAGAGCCCAGUGCAGAUGGUGACCCUAAAGGAGGUCAAUGCAUCGGAAGUCGGCUCUAUUGCCGUACUCUUCGCUUUGGAUGCAGAUCCGAAGGAGUUGCUGGCGGCCGCGAGCAUAACGGCUGCUGCAAAGCCCUUCUUGCGCAGACCGGAGACCAUGCAGGCAACGUGGUGGCUGGAUUGCUGCAGCUCGGAAGGACGGCGAGUGUGCUCAGAGCAUUGUGAGGCUGAACAAGGACCGGAUGGGCAGGAUGGAGACACCUCUCUGAAUUUGCCAACCCUUCUUCGGCGCCCUGAACCCCCAUCAUUGCCAUCACCAGAACAGGCUCCAGAUGGGUGGAUCUGCCGCCGUGGGCCAGGAGGGCGAAUGUUCUGGCACCAUAAGGCUUUGGGCCCCGCGCCUUGGGAAGCUGUGCCCUCCGGAUUGAAGAACAGCAGGGCGUUCUACAGGUCGAUCAUGGGGAAAGUGGCGGACCUUUCAGAUCUACCGCAAAGCUCGGGUUCGAUGGUCUGA